AUGGCACCGCCGCGUACUAUCCCAGAUAGUGCAGGCGAACUCAAAAUACCCAGUACAGAAUCGGUGGCCAAGCCACAGAAGAGCUAUGAACCAGCAGCACAGACGCGGAGUUUCCAAUACAUAAUAAAGAGCGGUCUGGCCGGAGGACUGGCGGGAUGUGCUGCAAAAUCCCUUGUUGCACCACUUGAUCGCGUCAAAAUACUUUUCCAGACUUCCACUCCAGAAUUUGCCAGAUACACCGGUAGCUGGGCGGGCUUUAUGUCCGCUAUUACGGCAAUCAGACAUAAAGAAGGCUUCAGAGGGCUCUAUAAAGGUCACUCAGCCACCUUACUCCAGAAAUUUCCAUACGCCGCUAUCAACUUCCUUGCAUAUGAACAGAUUCGAGCAAUAAUCAUCCCAACGCCAGAUAAAAAGACACCACUACGACAACUCUUAUCCGGAAGUUUAGCGGGAAGCGCAUCGAUUCUAUUCACGUACCCGCUAGAUCUCAUCCGGGUUCGAUUAGCCAUCGAGACUCGAACGCAUCGACCCAGCUGGAAAGAUAUUUGUCUUCAGAUAUACCACGAACAUGACGCCCCUCUGCGCCCCCGGCAUUUGAAAGGUUUCUUGCCGCAAUUAGGAAUUACGAACUUUUAUCGCGGAUUUGGCCCUACAAUCCUCGGAAUGAUCCCCUACGCGGGAAUGUCAUUUUUCACCCAUGAGAUCAUUGGUGAUUGGUUGCGCCGCCCUGUAUUCGCACCGUAUACAGUGUCAGAAAAACGGUCAUCUAAACACCCAGAACGACCGCAACUUGUAACCGCUGCAGAACUAUUUGCCGGUGGACUCGCUGGUGUGAUUGCUCAGACUGCUUCCUAUCCUCUAGAGGUCCUGCGUCGUCGGAUGCAGGUCGGUGGCAAUCGUCUUGGAAUGGCCGAGACAUGUCGCAAGAUCUGGUCCGAGAAAGGAUUCCGGGGCUUUUAUGUUGGCAUGACAAUUGGAUACAUCAAGGUGGUGCCAAUGGUCGCCACGAGCUUUUUGGUCUAUGAGCGGCUGAAGUGGGCUAUGGGGAUAUGA